AGAGGUCUAAACAAGCAAAUUAAGAUUCAAGUGAGAGCUAGCUUUUGACCUUUAUUCCACCCUUCUACAAAGAGCUUCACAUGUUAGUGGUUGGCUUGGCUGAAAAGUGAACAAUCGGUGAUUGAACAUCUUAUUUGCCAACUAUAAUCAAACCUUUUUGAUGGCUUCCUUUUUUGGAUUCUCAAGUAAAACAAUGGAAGACGAGUACAAAGGAUCUCCAUAUCGACGUCGUUUUGAUGUGGAAACUGGUGGUUCAGGUGACGGUUUAGAUGAUGAAGGCGGUGGUAGUUUCAGUCCAUUUUAUCUACAUACUACUAAAAAUGCUCCAAUUGAACGCCUUAAACGGUGGAGGCAAGCUGCACUUGUUUUAAAUGCUUCUCGAAGAUUCCGUUACACCUUGGACUUGAAGAAGGAAGAAGAUAAGAAAGAAAUAAUAAGGAAGAUCAGGACACAUGCACAAGUUGUACGAGCUGCAAAUCUGUUCAAGGAAGCUGCAGAAAAAGCAAAGGUAAGCCAAGAGUACCCUGAUGUUCCACAUGGCGAUUAUGGAGUCAAGCAGGAGGAACUUGCUGCUAUGUCAAAAGAACACGAUGUGUCACUUCUACAUCAAUUGGGCGGGGUAAAUGGGUUAGCAGAAAAGCUCAAAUCAAAUUUAGAUAAGGGGAUCCCAGGGACUGAUGAAGAUGCGUUGCAAAGGAAAAAUGCAUUUGGAUCAAACACAUAUCCUCGGAAGAAGGGGCGAAGUUUUUGGCGGUUUCUUUGGGAGGCUUGUCAAGAUUUGACCUUAAUAAUAUUGAUGGUAGCUGCUGUAGCGUCUUUGGCUCUCGGUAUCAAAUCAGAGGGAAUAAAAGAAGGAUGGUUUGAUGGUGGAAGCAUCCUCUUCGCCGUUUUCAUUGUUAUUGUUGUUACAGCCAUCAGUGAUUACAGACAAUCUCUACAGUUUCAAAAUCUAAAUGAUGAGAAAAGGAAUAUACACCUGGAGAUUAUCCGAGGAGGUAGAAGGGUGGAGGUUUCAAUAUUUGACAUUGUUGUUGGAGAUGUUAUACCUCUGAAAAUUGGUGAUCAGGUUCCUGCUGAUGGAGUGCUAAUAUCUGGUCAAUCUCUUGCUAUUGAUGAGUCAAGUAUGACUGGAGAGAGCAAGAUUGUUGCCAAGGAUUCUAAGUCACCCUUCUUAAUGUCUGGCUGCAAAAUAGCUGAUGGUUAUGGAACUAUGCUGGUUACAAGUGUGGGUAUAAACACAGAAUGGGGUAUGCUUAUGGCCAGUAUAUCAGAAGACACUGGUGAAGAAACACCAUUGCAGGUGCGUUUAAAUGGCCUUGCUACUUUUAUUGGUAUAGCUGGGCUGACGGUGGCCUUUGUUGUUUUAGUUGUUCUUAUCGCAAGGUACUUCACUGGUCAUACAGAAAAUCCCGAUGGAAGUCCACAGUUCAAGGCAGGAAAGACAAGUGCCAGUCAUGCGAUAGAUGGAGUUAUCAAGAUUUUCACUGUUGCCGUGACUAUUGUGGUUGUUGCUGUUCCGGAAGGUCUUCCAUUGGCUGUCACCUUAACGCUUGCUUACUCAAUGAGAAAAAUGAUGAAAGACAAGGCUUUGGUUCGAAGGCUUUCGGCUUGUGAAACCAUGGGUUCUGCCACUACCAUAUGCAGCGACAAGACUGGAACUUUGACCUUGAAUCAGAUGACUGUUGUGGAGGCUUAUGCAAAUGGGAAGAAAGUUGAUCCUCCAAAUGAUGGUUCAUUGUUGUCUCCUAUGUUGUCCUCUGUACUCAUCGAGGGUGUUGCGCAAAAUACAACUGGCUGUGUCUUUCUGCCCGAGGGUGGAGGCGAUGUUGAAAUCUCUGGGUCACCCACUGAAAAGGCCAUCCUUUCCUGGGGAGUUAAGCUCGGAAUGAACUUCGAGGCUAAAAGAUCGGAGUCUACGAUCAUCCAUGCCUUCCCGUUUAAUUCAGAGAAAAAACGGGGAGGUGUUGCAGUUAAAACACACGGUUCUGAAGUCCAUAUACAUUGGAAGGGAGCUGCUGAGAUUGUCUUGGCCUCAUGCUCCAGUUACAUGGAUGAAAAAGAUUCUGUGAUGGCAUUAAAUGAAAACAAGCUGGCAUUCUUUAAGAAGGCUAUUGAACAGAUGGCUGUGCAAAGUCUUCGCUGUGUUGCCCUUGCAUAUAGAUCAUGUGAGAUGGAUAAAGUGCCAUCUGAUGAAGAGCAAAUGUCUCAGUGGGUGUUGCCCGAGGAUGAGUUAAUUUUGCUAGCAAUUGUUGGUAUAAAGGAUCCUUGUCGUCCCGGAGUCAGAGAUUCAGUUGAGUUGUGCAGGGCUGCUGGUGUCAAGGUGCGUAUGGUUACUGGUGACAAUCUUCAGACUGCAAAAGCAAUAGCUUUGGAGUGCGGCAUCCUAGCUUCAGAUGCAGAUGCUAAUGAACCAAAUUUAAUCGAGGGAAAGUCAUUCCGUAACAAGUCAGAAGCCGAGAGAGAAGAGAUUGCAGAAAAGAUAUCGGUUAUGGGAAGGUCUUCACCCAAUGACAAGCUUUUGCUUGUCCAAGCUUUAAAGAGGAAGGGUCAUGUUGUAGCUGUUACCGGAGAUGGUACCAAUGAUGCUCCAGCAUUACAUGAGGCAGACAUUGGUCUUGCAAUGGGUAUUGCAGGUACAGAAGUGGCAAAAGAAAGCUCAGAUAUCAUCAUCUUGGAUGAUAAUUUUGCUUCUGUUGUAAAGGUUGUUCGAUGGGGUAGAUCUGUAUAUGCAAACAUACAGAAAUUCAUACAGUUCCAGCUGACAGUUAAUGUGGCAGCCCUUGUUAUUAAUGUCGUUGCUGCAUUUUCCACUGGUGAUGUCCCAUUAAAUGCUGUGCAGCUUCUCUGGGUGAAUCUGAUAAUGGAUACUCUCGGAGCUCUUGCAUUGGCUACAGAACCACCUACGGAUCACCUUAUGCACAGACCACCUGUUGGUCGAAGGGAACCUCUUAUUACAAAUAUUAUGUGGAGGAACCUAUUGAUUCAGGCUAUCUACCAAAUAAUUGUUCUGCUUGUACUCAACUUCGACGGCCGGAAUAUCUUACGUCUACAGCAUACUCAACAUGCUAACCAAGUAAAGAACACGGUGAUCUUCAAUGCAUUUGUUCUUUGCCAGAUAUUUAAUGAGUUCAAUGCUCGCAAGCCUGAUCAGAUCAACAUAUUUGAUGGAGUUAUUAAAAACAAAUUGUUCAUUGGAAUAGUAGGACUAACAUUGAUACUUCAGAUUGUGAUAGUUGAGUUUCUUGGGAAGUUUGCUAAAACUGUAAAGCUGGACUGGCAAUUGUGGCUUGUCUGCAUCGUUAUCGGUGUAAUCAGUUGGCCUCUUGCUGCAUUGGGAAAGUUGAUACCUGUAGCAGAGACUCCGCUCAGCAACUACUUAAAUUGCAGAAAACUACGUCAGAGAAGUCAUCAUAAUUAGGGAAGGAAGAUACCGGCAACCAUACAAAAAUGAAGAUAGAUAGUACCAUCAAUUUUCUGCUCACUUUUGCUUUUGAUCUCUAACAAUACGAUGUGAAUAUAUGGAUAUGCCAAAGCCCUGUGCACAGAUUAGAUGUAUAAUGAUUUUCGUCUGAUCCCCUUAUUUGGAUUGUCUGCAAAUUCGAAGUGGUGCUCGCUUCAUGGAGAGUAGAUAGCUUUGUUUUAGCACGAAAAACCUCUCGGCAUUUGGCAUUUAUUGACCGAGAUCCAACAACAUUUUCGUUUGUUAGUUCUUUGGCAAAUAGAUGAUGAUGAUGGUGGGUUUUGGAAGCUAUCAAACAUGCUCAUUGUUACUCCAUACUUUUUACUCUUUUGCAUAUUCUUGCGUUCUGGUUGCAUAUAUGAUCAAGAAUCUUGUACUA